AUGGCAAGACUUGAACAAACAAUACACCGCCGGGCAACACUUCUUCUCUUCUCGGUCCUAAGUGCCGGGCCUUCUGGCCUCGUCACUGACGGGAUUUCGGCACUUAGCGAGCUUUCAGGUACAGGAGCAUGGGUUGAUGUGCGAUAUUUGAUUGAUGCUGGGAUGUUGGAGAGGCGUCAUCUAAAUAUCUAUUUAGAGUUGCUGUUGGUUCUGUAUAACGGCUGUGCUUACCAACGAUUCAUGAUGAGAAAUGUGACUGGCCAGGUCGAAAUAGCCCCAGAACUCUCAUUUGAUUCCAUGCGCCUGACGAACAUUGCGAAUCCUUCAGAAGCAGCUGUCAGCUGGAAUCCAUUCAUUUUCAAAGACGGUCACUUUGCUGACGAAGCUGAAAAGGCUGAUACUUUUUCAGCAAAUGCCUCAUGGAGGCGCAUGUAUUCCCCUAAUCAAUUCAUAUUCUAUAAGCCACACCUGUAUAAGCUGAAAGUUCGCUAG